AUGCCACAGGGCCAUAGUCAGCCGCCGCGGCCACCAGCUGUAACUGCAGUGCAUGCGUGCAUAAGAAUAUGCUCUGUGACGCACAAUGACCCAGAGCACAACUUUGACUCGGCGGCCACCAGGUGUAACUGCAGUGAAAAACAUGCUCGUAGUUUGCAAGAGCCUGAUGCAAUAUUAGCUGUUUUGUACAAAGAUUUUGUAACUAGUGAUCGAGUCAUGACUAUCAACUUGGGUCUCCGCCGAGCUGAACUGGCUCCAAGCGAUGGGUUUGACCAUGGACCUCAGAAAAGGCAGGAGAUCGGCUGUCAACACUUGGAUCUUGGUCUGAGCUCCACAGACUUUCUCAUCCUCCUGCUUUGCCUUCCAAUCCGAGCCGCUGUCUACUCAAAGCCAACUUGGACUUUGGGGCGCCUGGCUUGCAAGUCCUCGGAUUACAUCCUACAAGCCUUGUUGACCACCAAAGCUUUUUGCCUGGCCGCUUUGGGACAUGCAAGUUACAGGCAAGUCAGCCAACCUACUAAACCUGACCACCUCAAGCCUCAACCAGCCACUGCUAUCUUGGCUUUGUCUGGCUUAACAGCCUCCAUCCUAUUGCCCAUCCCUCACUGGCUCUUCUCCACCACACAGCAGAGCCAGCUAGCCACCUAUUGCUUGUUCCAGGUGCCCAGCCACGGCACAAGGUUCAUGUGGGUCUUCAGCAAAGCUUACCCUGUCUUGGCUUACUGCCUCCCACUGGCUUUUUCCAUCGUUUGCCCCAUCAAAGCUCUCCUGCUGCCCGGAACACCCCAGAGAAAUAGGACCAUCAACCCAAGAUACCAGACCAGGAGGGUUUCCAUCAUGGUGCUUGCCCUCAGCUUGGCAUUUGCUCUCCUAAGGCUCCCAGAUUGGAUUACCUGGAUCUGGCUUAGACACAGAGACACUGGGAGCUCCAAGCCCCCUGUUUCCCUGAUGGUCCUCUCCCAAGUUCUACUUUUCCUGGGUUGCACAGUGAACCCUGUGAUAGUCUCUGCCAUGUCCAGGGAGUUCAGGGAUGGGUUGAGGGAUAUUUGGUCAGCGGUUCGAUGCAGGCAGGCACCUAGGAGCACUUCUGAGGAGCUGGAGGGAGAGAGAGAAGGGAAAGGACCAGGGAGAAGAGGAAACAGUGCCUUGGGGCACCUCCAGACCAUCUCAACCCUGCAGAAUGUGGACAUCUGCCAAAGCCCAAUCGACCAACUGCUCCCAGAUGUUCGCCACUUCUGGCAGGACAGAGAGAACACUAAAGCUGCGGUUGACCAGGACCCGAUUCCCUGGGAGCAUCAUGAAAACGCCUAA